UAGUGUUUGUGUUUACCAGGAAGCAGUGAAAGGGAAAUUGAGGAGUUGGAAAGUCGACGUGUGUGUCAGGGAACGUCUUGUGAUAUUGUGAAAGCAUCAAGAUGUCUGGGGACGAGGAGGAGGUCCUCUUUGACGACGUGUAUGAAGUUUGUGAGACUAUUGGGAAGGGUCCCUACAGUGUAGUCAAGAGAUGUGUACACAAAGACACAGGCCAGCAGUUUGCGGUCAAGAUCGUGGAUGUGGCCAAAUUCACAUCCAGUCCUGGACUUGGCACCGAAGACUUAAAAAGGGAGGCCAGUAUCUGUCACAUGCUGAAACAACAACACAUUGUAGAGCUCUUGGAGACGUACAGCUCGGAAGGAAUGUUAUACAUGGUGUUUGAAUAUAUGGAUGGUGCUGACCUGUGUUUUGAGAUUGUGAAGCGAGCAUCACUAGGCUUUGUAUACAGUGAAGCUGUAGCCAGCCACUAUAUGAAACAGAUUCUGGAAGCUAUGCGAUAUUGCCAUGCCAACGGGAUCAUCCAUCGUGACCUUAAGCCUCACUGUGUGCUUCUUGCUAGCAAGGAAAACUCUGCCCCAGUCAAAUUGGGUGGAUUUGGGGUCGCAACUCAGCUCCCAGAAUCGGGGCUUAUAUCAGGAGGUCGUAUUGGAACACCACAGUAUAUGGCCCCCGAGGUUGUGAAGCGAGAGGCAUACGGCAAGCCGGUAGAUGCGUGGGGAUGUGGUGUUAUGAUGUUUAUUCUACUAGGAGGUUAUCCCCCCUUUGUCGGCACCAAGGAACAUGUGUUCGAGAAGAUCGCACAGGGCAGCUAUCAUAUGAGAAAACAGUGGUUACAAUUAUCCAAUUAUGCAAAAGAUUUAGUUAACAAAUUAUUGGAAACAGAUCCAGAAAAACGAAUAACAAUAGAAGAAGCUUUAAAUCAUCCCUGGAUCAAGGUGAGAGGACAAGUGCCAAAAUCACAUCUCCAUGAAACAGUAGACGAGUUAAGAAAAUUUAAUGCACGGCGGAAAUUAAAGGGGGCUAUAAUGGCAGCAGUUUCCAGUUCUAAAUGGUUGUCUUUUUAUAAUGACCCACCUGACCUUAAUGAGGAAAUCACUUCCACAGGAGCUGUGUCCCAGGUACUCGACUCCCUGGAAGAAAUCCAGUGCCUAACAGACUGCAGCGACACAGAGACAGACCUCAUAGAAAAAGUGUUCCAGGAUACAAAGUUACAUGCCCUUUUAAAUUUAUAUGACAAGAUAAACACACAGACGAUUAGUCCUGUGCGCCCUCCACCUUCAGACGCUGUUGAGAAAACAAAAGAGGUGUCUACACUAUUAGCACAGUGUCCUGACCAAUAUGCAAGUCUUAGUAAAGAGCUUAGUCAGAUCAUCUCCAAGCCUCACAUCAUGGCUUUACUACAAGCCCAUGACGUGGUGGCUCAUGAGGUGUACGGAGAAGAUGCCGUCCGAGUCACACCCCCACCAAUGCAGCCUUACCUUAAUGGGGACAGCCAGCCUGACAGUCCAGAUACAGACGUGGAGCCCCCCAAUGUCACACGGGUCCGCCUUGUACAGUUCCAGAAAAACACUGAAGAACCUAUGGGGAUCACGCUGAAGCUGAAUGACCAGGGACAGUGUCUUGUAGCGCGGAUCAUGCACGGCGGAAUGAUCCACCGACAGGGUACGCUACAUGUUGGGGAUGAGAUCCGGGAAAUCAACAAUGUCAGUGUUGUCAACAAAACUGUCGAGGUUUUACAGAGAAUGUUGAGGGAGCUGAGUGGAUCGGUGACCUUUAAGGUCAUACCGCAACCGUUACUAAGUAUGUUUGGUGGCCAUGGCGAUAUUAACAACCACAACGAGAAGGAUGCUCGGGGGAGUGUUUCGCUGAAGAUCGUCCCGAGCCACCGCCACAAUCCCGCUCACUGUGAGAUUUAUGUGCGGGCAUUAUUUGAUUAUUGUCCAGAAGAUGAUGACAUCAUUCCAUGUCGACAGGCAGGUGUGCCGUUCAAGUGUGGAGACAUCCUUCAGGUGAUAAAUAAGGAUGACUCCAACUGGUGGCAGGCACGGCGGGUAGGACUCCCGACGACUGAACCUGCGGGGCUCAUCCCUUCCCCCGAACUUCAGGAGUGGCGGACUACAUGUUCAGCUCGUGAGAAACGUCAGGACCAUGCCGUUCACUGUUCAUGGUUUGGCCGAAAGAAAAAAGAUAAAUAUCUUGCCAAGCACAACGCCAUUUUUGACCAACUAGAUUUAGUUACAUAUGAAGAGGUUGUACAACUACCAGCAUUUCUCAGGAAAACUUUGGUCCUCCUUGGUGCCCAUGGGGUAGGACGGAGACACAUCAAAAACACACUUAUCACAAGCCACCCAGAGCGGUUCGCCUACCCCAUUCCUCAUACGACGCGGCCGCCAAGAGAAACAGAGACCAACGGUAAAAACUAUUACUUCGUGUCUCACGAAAAAAUGAUGCAAGACAUUGCAGCCAACCAAUAUUUAGAGUACGGAACACACGAGGAGGCGAUGUACGGCACCAAACUAGAGACAAUUCGCAGUAUACAUGAUAAGGGCCUCAUGGGGAUUUUGGACGUAGAACCACAGGCAAUACGAGUACUUCGGACGGGAGAUUUUGCUCCCUUUAUAGUGUUUGUGGCAGCUCCGACAAUCGCUGCUAUACAUGAGGAUGCCAGUCUAGAAAAACUAGCUACGGAGAGUGAACUAUUGGAGAAAGCUUACGGACACUACUUUGAUUUGAAAAUUGUGAACAAUGACAUCGAAGAAACUAUAAGAACUUUAGAACAAGCAAUAGAUGAGGUGUCUUCAACUCCACAAUGGGUACCAGUCAGUUGGGUGUACUGAUGGACAGACAGCAGGUGGAGCUACAGUCUGGAGUAGCUUUGCAGACUAGAGCAUGGACAUUGCAGGUCAAAACUAAUUUAAAAAUGGCCUAUAACACUUUCUGUGAUUUGUUAUAUAAAAAAAAACACACAAGGAAUCAACAUAAUAAUUUGAUCUAGAUGGCGGUGCUCUUUUGAAAUUGUGAGAUUCUGUUUCCGUGGCAGUUCAGGAUUGUGUACAGCUGCCUGUGAGGAGAUGGGAGAUUAUUUCUGGUGGAGUUGUGAUAUCCAAUACAGAAUCAGAGCCCCUCAUAUUUGCCCUGAACCCAGAUGUACACAAAUGGACAGCAUUAUAUUGCUGAUGUACGUCAUCAGUUACUCUGUAACUGAGAAUGUAACGGUUUAAUUUCAUUAAUUGUCAAGUGAAGAACCUGGUUUUUUUAACCAGGGACAGACAGUUAAGUCACUGGGAUCACAUUUUGUAUUACAUUGCUCUCAAUAUAUAUGUAUUAAGAUCCGAUAGUACCUGAGCUAAGUUAAUUUGCCAUUGAAAAACGGAGUUCUGUAAGUUCAUUUUAAAGGGUAUUGAAUUUGAAAAAACAGUAACACCUGAUCAGUGUCAAAUCUAAAAACAAUAUUAAAAACAAGACUUUUUUUGUUUUUUUUUUUUGUUUUUUUCUCUCAAUCUCUUUGAACAUUUCAUUUUCAUUGAAAUAUGAAGAUCAUAAUAUUGUAUCCCUUUAACACUGAUACAUAUGAAAGAAGUCGGUUUUACAGUGGUCAUAAGCAAUGUUUUCUUGUGCAGGUGUUGAUCGAAAGUUGUUCAGGAAACAGAUGAUAAAGGUUUACAGAACAUCUCCGUUGUUGAAUGGUUCUAGGACGACCAAACAGCAUGCAUUUUUUUAAUUCGGAUUUUCUUUAUCACUUCAUCAAGAAGCCAGUUUUUUGAUGUUACGUAGAUAUAUAUUAUAUAAUCACUGUAUAUAAACAUGUAGCGCCGUGUGCACUUAUACUUCAGGUCACACACAUGUAUAUGUAUCAUUAUAGUGCUUUCAUUUGGCAGGAUCAAAUAUUUAGGUUAGGUACUCUUCAACCUAGUUUGCAGGAUUCAAAUUUUGCGCAAACUCCCUCAUAUAAUUACAAUUGAACUUCAUUAUCUGUGGGGCAAUAAGUCGUUUCAAUUUUCAAGUAUUUUAUUUUCUUUUAAUCACAAGUCCAAUAAAUUAAAGAAUUUUUUUGUAUGAUAUAAUCUUUUUACUAUUUAGAUGUUAAAAUGUAUCAUUCUACUAAAAAUUCUUUCGAUAGAUUUAUACAAGAUAUCAUUAACUAAUAUACACCUUAGAGACAUGGAAACAGAAUAUAUAUAUUUAUUUGUCUGUAUUAUACUCAUGGUUAUACAUUAUGGAGGAAUAUACACUAACUUGGCUGAAAGGUUAUGUCAUAAACUAGGAUGCUGUCUGCAGCAGGAUCCAGCAUUUCAUGUCAUGAAUGGAAUUGCUUUUUUUCACAGAGUUCAGUUCAUUUGAAGCUCUAUACCAUAGCAUUAUUCAGGAAUUUUAAGUCAUUUAACAAGUGUUUAUCAGAAUUUGAUCCAUAGCAAUUUCAAUAUAUUCGCAGAAAAAAAUUAUUCCAUUUCAAACACAUUUCAGAUGUAUUUACAAUCCCAACCCUCAACCCUCAAAAGCAAUAGUGAAAUGUGAAAAUAGUCGCAGAAGAAUUAUUACUAUCCUUUGGUUUAUGUUACAGCUGUUGAUUUUGUUGUUAAAAAAAGUAAUACAUCAUGUUCAGUGGUAGAGCCCUUUUGGUUAUCCAAUCUGUGUCUAGCUUAUAUCUUUUCAUUAAGUAGAAAGCAACAGUACCAGAUAUAAGAAAUGAGUCCCCCAGUAUCUCCUGUUACGUUUCAGCGAGAGAAAAAACUUCGGCAAGCGAAGGAUAAGAACUGGAGCCGACUUUGCCUUGAUGAUGUAUAGAAAGUGAUGAUUACAGGGAUUUAAUUUCAUUUCAUUCACAAUCAAAUUGAAUUAAAAUUUGAUAAUUUUGAAAAAAUUAAAUAACAGUAAAAUGUACCCCAUGAUGAACCUGAUAAAGAGGGUGGUAUUUAAACAAGUCGAACUUGGGAUCACAGACUAUUAGUUUUGCCCGGAGUAUUAGGAUUCAUUACUACAUGAACUGCAAUAGCAUUUUCAUCAUUAAAGAAUUCCUUUUUCACAGGUGAUUUGUCUUCACUAAUCAGUUGAGCAGUAUAGAUGUAAAAUUAAUGAUGAGGUCUCACUCAUUUGUUCCUGUAUAGAUUUUUGUCACUCUUUAAAACUUACACCCUUUUUGAUAAAUCAAUAAAUGAUUUCACCCUUUGAUUCAGCAGGAUUAUAUCUGUACAUUGAGUAUAAAAGAUGUUGAAAAUUCUGUACAUCAUAACAUUUAUUAAUAUACAAUGUAGUCACAAAUUGGUUAUUUGUGAGGUCUUCCAAUGAUAAUGAUGAAGCUUUAAUUGGGUAUUGGGAUUUGGUGUUUCUUAAAAAAUCAAAAUUGAUAUUGUGUGAUAUAGAAUUUACAGUUUGUUGAAUUGAAAAGAAAAGGUUAUUAUGGAGAAAGGUUUUAAUCAAAAUUUCUGGUGAAUAAUCAUCCUUGUCAUAAAACGUGACUAUAUACAUGCUGUUGGAGUACAGUUCCAUGUACUUGAAAUUUGUUGUCACCGCUGGUUACCAGAAUGUAUGCAUGUAUGUAACUGUAGACCUUAACAGAUAUUUAAAUGGAAAAUAUAGAAAAUAACGAUUAUACUGCUGAUAAAAUGAA